CGCGCGAAGCGGGAGGGCUCUCCUCACACAAGCGCUUCCUCGCGGAGAGGUUCGAGCUGCGGCAGCCGCAGGCCUGGGCCGCCCCUUCCCUGCCGCCGCCUUCUCUUCCUCAGGGCUCCUCGGUCCGCUCGCCCUCCGGCGCCCCCAGGUAUGGUCUGAAAUAUGCGUUGCUUGGCAGCUCGGGUCAACUAUAAGACUUUGAUUAUCAUCUGCACACUCUUCACUUUGGUCACGGUACUUUUGUGGAAUAAAUGCUCCAGCGAUAAAGCGAUCCAGUUUCCACGGCACUUGAGUAGUGGCUUCCGAGUGGAUGGACUAGAAAAAAGAGCAGCAGCAUCUGAGAGUAACAACUAUGUGAACCACAUGGCCAAACAGUCUGAGGAGGCAUUCCCUCAGGAACAGCAGAAAGCACCCCCUGUUGUUGGGAGCUUCAUCGGCAAUGGGGGAAGCAAGGUGUUGGGGCUCAAGUACGAAGAAAUUGACUGUCUCAUAAAUGAUGAACACACAAUUAAAGGGAGAAGAGAGGGGAAUGAAGUCUUUCUUCCAUUCACUUGGGUAGAGAAGUAUUUUGAUGUAUAUGGAAAGGUGGUUCAGUACGAUGGCUAUGAUCGGUUUGAAUUCUCUCAUAGCUAUUCCAAAGUCUAUGCCCAGAGAGCCCCUUAUCACCCCGAUGGUGUGUUUAUGUCCUUUGAAGGCUACAAUGUGGAAGUCCGAGACAGAGUCAAGUGCAUAAGUGGGGUUGAAGGUGUACCUUUAUCUACCCAGUGGGGACCUCAAGGCUAUUUCUAUCCAAUCCAGAUCGCACAGUAUGGGUUGAGUCAUUACAGCAAGAACCUAACUGAGAAGCCCCCUCACGUAGAGGUGUAUGAAACAGCAGAAGACCGAGACAGAAACAGCAAGCCGAAUGACUGGACUGUGCCAAAGGGCUGCUUUAUGGCCAGUGUGGCUGAUAAGUCUAGAUUCACCAAUGUUAAGCAGUUCAUUGCUCCAGAAACCAGUGAAGGUGUAUCCUUGCAGCUGGGGAACACAAAAGAUUUUAUUAUUUCAUUUGACCUCAAGUUCUUGACAAAUGGAAGUGUGUCCGUGGUUCUCGAGACCACAGAAAAGAAUCAACUCUUCACUGUACAUUAUGUCUCAAAUACCCAGCUAAUUGCAUUUAAAGAAAGAGACAUAUUCUAUGGCAUUGGGCCUAGAACUUCCUGGAGCACGGUCACAAGGGACCUGGUCACUGACCUCAGGAAAGGAGUGGGGCUUUCCAACACAAAAGCUGUCAAGCCAACCAAAAUCAUGCCCAAAAAGGUGGUUAAGUUGAUUGCAAAAGGGAAAGGAUUCCUUGACAACAUUACCAUCUCUACCACCGCCCACAUGGCUGCAUUCUUCGCUGCCAGCGAUUGGCUGGUAAGGAACCAGGAUGAGAAAGGGGGCUGGCCGAUCAUGGUGACCCGUAAGCUAGGGGAAGGGUUCAAGUCUUUAGAGCCUGGCUGGUACUCUGCCAUGGCCCAAGGGCAAGCCAUUUCUACAUUAGUCAGGGCCUAUCUGUUAACAAAAGACCAUUUAUUCCUCAGUUCAGCUUUAAGGGCAACAGCCCCUUACAAGUUUCUGUCGGAACAGCACGGAGUUAGGGCCGUGUUUAUGAAUAAACACGACUGGUAUGAAGAAUAUCCCACCACACCUAGCUCUUUCGUCUUAAAUGGCUUUAUGUAUUCUUUAAUUGGUCUCUAUGACUUAAAAGAAACUGCAGGGGAGAAGCUAGGGAAAGAAGCGAGGUCCUUGUAUGAGCGUGGUAUGGAGUCCCUUAAAGCCAUGCUCCCCUUGUAUGACACUGGCUCGGGCACCAUCUAUGACCUCCGCCACUUCAUGCUUGGCAUCGCCCCCAACCUGGCCCGCUGGGACUACCACACCACCCACAUCAACCAGCUGCAGCUCCUCAGCACCAUCGACGAGUCCCCAAUCUUCAAAGAAUUUGUCAAGAGGUGGAAAAGCUACCUUAAAGGCAGCAGGGCAAAGCACAACUAGAGCUUAGAACCAAAUCAUCUUUCAGCCUCUGUCAUUCACAGCCGUGGACUCUGUGUCCACAGAGCAUAGGCACAUUUUAAAAGGCUGUAUACUAGGUUUUUGUGGAUUACCUUCAAGUGAUACAUGAAACCAGUCUUCGGAGAUCAUUGCGUUCUCUGGGUUGGGUGUUUUGAAACCGAGGUGGCCCUUGGAGCAGAAAAAUGUUUAGUCGACGGCUGAACAAAGAUGUGUAACUUUGCCGUGCUUAUCGCCCUCUCUGCAGUUGCACAGGUAGUCCAACCCCUCUGGGCUUGGGAGAGACGCUGGUGCGUAGCUGUUCCUGGCCAACUGUCUAGCGCUUACCUGGAAACUUAGUAUGGGUCUCUCUUAAAAUGUGACUAUGUAUGUUUAUGUUGGAAGCAACCUUUAAAAACUUACGUGCUGUAAUCCCGUAAAUGUGUACUCGCAGCCUGAAUAGUGGACUGUGUGCAACUUUUCAAAA